AUGGGAAGGGAAGUAGAAGAAAAUGAGAAUAACAAUAAGGAUGAUAUUGAUGGCACAGCAGCAACAAAGAAGAUGAUGAGGAUAUACAUAGGGGGACUGGGAUUGAGCGUUACAGAAAAUGAUUUAAUCAAAACAUUCUCUCCAUUGGGGAAAGUGGAGUCUGCAGAUAUAGUUCGCACGAAUGGUCGCAGCUUCGCUUACUUGGAUUUUCUUCCCUCUUCCGAGAAAGCCCUUGCCAAGCUCUUUAGCACGUAUAAUGGUUGCAUGUGGAAAGGAGGGAGGCUUAGACUUGAGAAGGCAAAAGAACACUAUCUUCUUCGCCUGAGGCAUGAGUGGGAAGAAGAUGCUGAACUUGCAAAUAAAGCAUCUAGUUAUAGUGUUGAUGCAGCUGAAAACUUUAGUUCUAUGGAAAAGCCAAAUAAAGUCCCUAACACAGAAAAGGUGCAGCUUCGGAUUUUCUUUCCCAAACUAAAUAAGGUGAAAUCAGUGCCUUUCAGUGGAACUGGGAAGCACAAAUACAGUUUCCAACGCGUUGAAGUGCCUUCUUUCCCAAUCCAUUUUUGUGAUUGUGAGGACCAUUCUGAUCCUUGUCACGUGGGCAAAGAAAAACCACCUUGUGAUGGGGAAACAGGGAGUGGAGGGAUAAAGGAUGAAGAGAUUAACAUGAUGAGAUCAGUGAUGAGCAAGCUCUUUGAGAAUGAUAAUUGUUCGAAGGGUGCAUUUAGUGAUGCUGGACUGGCUAAGGAAGGGGACAAUUCUUUCAACUCAGUGGAUGGUGGGUUAGGUAAUGAGACUGAGGAAGAUCAUGUGAGUGAUGAAGAUAACCUCAUAUUAAACAUGGUGGCUGGGGGAGAUGACAGAUUGACUUUGUUCGGGAGCCAUAGAAAGGAAAAAAAAACUGCAACUCAGGAGUUAAGAUUUAAUGGUCCAGAACCUUCUGAAGGUACACCAGCUUCAAAAAUGCAUGACAGUAAGAAAAGGAAGAUUAUAACCUUUAAUAAGAAGGAAAAACUACAUAAGAAGCAAAAACUACAUCUCAGUGAAGAGAGUGAUGAAAUUGAAAUUGUGUCUGCUAUCUCCAAAACCAAGGGGACUCCGCGAACCCAUCCAAACGAGUCAGCGACUGACCUACAAGGUCAAAGCAUGAAAUCAGGAUUAGGUUCCCAGCAGUCAACUAGCAAUCUUUCAUGGUCACAGAAAUCUAAAUGGAGAGAUCUGGUUGGUGACAGGGGCAGCACUACAUUCCACAUGUCACAAAUACUACCAAGUGUUGCUAUUAAAGACGAAUUACCAAGAUCUCAUGGUCUGAAUGUGCCCUACCAUACUGAAGAGAAAAAACAGGAACAUGUAAAGCAUGGGAUUUUGGAAAGCCAACCAGGCCAAUCAAAAGAGCCGAAAGACCUUGCUGAAGCUCCCGCUGCUCAGUCAAAGGUGGCUGCAGGUAAAUCUGCCAGAGGUGCUUCAUGGCUAAAAGAAUCCACAUGGACACAACUGGUUGGUGAUGCAAACAGAUGUUCAUUCAGCAUAACCCAGAUUUUGCCCGACUUAAGUUUACGAAACAAAGAGCCAGUACAGUCCAACAGCAUGGAUGCUGCAAAUUCGAUGGAUGGUGAACAUUGCAAUUUAAUCAAGUCAAGUGGAGAUGAACCCAUAGGAAAUUCUUCUAAGGCUUUAGGAGUAUACGCAGAACAUCUUACAGUUCCGUGUGGUUCCAAUGAAGAGCAGAGCCCUACUGGUGUUUAUGUUGAGCAGACUAAUCAUGAAAAGAAAUCUGAGACUGUCACAAAGAAAGUUGAGGUUUCUGGUCCAACUUUUGUGAAUAACCCCAUUUCAGUGCCAAAGCAUUCAUCAACGGCAAACUUUAAAAUUGGGGAAACUUGCUCUUUCAUGAGGAGCGCUGCUUNUGUGAAUAACCCCAUUUCAGUGCCAAAGCAUUCAUCAACGGCAAACUUUAAAAUUGGGGAAACUUGCUCUUUCAUGAGGAGCGCUGCUUCCAUGAGAGAAUGGAUGACCGCUAAAGCCGCUCUAAGUGGUUCGCUGAAGAAAAAGGACAAUCAGAAAUAG